GACUGUAUUGACUGUUCUUUGUUUAAAUAAAGUGGGGUGAAUGCACCAUUCUUUACACUCUAUAUAGAUACAUCUUUGUGGUUUAAUACAUGAGGAUUAAUUUUGUUCCUUACCAAGUCAGUGAAAUUUCAGCAGAUGCUGGGAUGCACCCAAUGCGCAGAAAACUGCUAAAGAACUGUUCUCUGGUCCAUAUGACUGGAGAGCAGUAGCUCUCUCAACCAAACUGCCAACUCAGUUUUUCUUCUGUUGCUGCACUUGGGAUGUAUCCAGUUAUUUGAUCACAGACCUCUUGGGCAUCUGUACUACCUCUGUACUACAAAAAUCACUUCUAUAAUUGCUCUCUGUAGAGCAGUGGAAACUCCAUGCCAUGCUAGGUAUAGGGAUCAAGAGUGUGAAUGCCUUCCUCGGCUUUAUACGCAAUAUUAUUCCACUGCAAUGAUCCAUUGCCGUCAGUUAAACUCCUGCAUGUCCCUUCUUGAGGAGGGAGUUCACCAUUCUUAGAAUCACAGACUCAUCACAGCUGGAAAAGGCCUCUGAGAUGAUCUAGUCCAACCAUUAAACCAGCACUGCCAGGCCCACCACAAAACCGCAUUCUUGUUUAACUGCAAGGCUUCCUGCCCCAGCAAUGCUUCUUGCUGAAUUUCCAUGGAUGGAGGCAACAAGAAAAGUUUUCACACUGGUGAUCCUCUCCAAGUUACAACAACUGAACAUGUCUCAAUAACUCACCUCUUUAUGCCAAGGAUUUCAUCUGUACCCCCAAAGCACCAUCCUCAAGCAGAGUUUCUGUGCUUUUUGUCAAUCUCUCUGUAAGAUAAAACUACCAGCAGUGGCAGACACUAAAAGUCAGGAAUAAGGUGAACCAGGAAUUCCUGGAAGACCAGGAAAAGAUGGUGUCAAUGGAGAGAAAGGUGAACGAGGUCAGAGAAGUGCCUCAAUUUAAUAUUUGUCAGUGAACUGCUGCCCUUGUGUUUGUGAGCUCAUCAUACAAUCUCAUCUAUUUUAAAUUCUCUCAUUUCUAAAUUGAGAACAACAAACUCUACAAACAGCAUUAUUCCUAACAUGAGAAGCCAAAGGCUGUUGAGCAGAAUUGAUCAGCUUCUUUUCCUGAUGGAUUGAGCCUAUGUUCUUUAUGGUGUCUAUUGUCUAUCAACUGCUAAAGUGCCUUUCACAUCAUGAGAUCUUCACCUUCAAAACCUUGUGCAGCAACCAGAGCAGUUUUGAAGGCUUUGAUCAAUGAUGGAUGAAGGACAAAUAAAGCACAGGGUGGCAAGUAACCAGGACAAAACACUUUUAGUUGUGCUGCAGUAGCAACCUAUGUAACCCAAGAGAAGUAGAAAUUAUAUGUAAAAAUUAUAUAAACAUGUGACAGUUCAAGUCAAGUUCAUGGUAUUGUAAAAAAAACCCCUUCCUCUUCCUCUGAUUAAAUUGUGAACCCUGUCACUCAUUCUGUACACCAAAGGCUGUAAAAAAGUGUGGACAGAUGGUACUUUUGUAUGAGAUGAUGUGAGCUGUCAGUGUUAUCAUCAGCCCAUAGACAACCUUCCUUUCUUUGAGCUUAUUCUUGCUGCUGCCAGCCAGAGCACCUGUUUUCUAACAAAAUAGCAGGCUCUUCAGACAUUAUGCUUAUCCUGCACUUAAAUGUAUGCAAAACUGUGUGUACAGUGAGCACAGUGGAGUAUGCACAGUGGAGAUGUCCUCGUGAUGAACCUCAAUUUGUGCCUUCCAAUUAGGAUCACAAGAAAGUUGUGGAGUUGUUUUAUUUUGUUUUUAUUAUUAUUUGGUUUUGGUUUUUUUUUUUUUUUGCCUUUAGGAACCAAUGGGACUGUUGAAGAGAAGGGGAACAAAGGAGAUAAAGGAGAAAGAGGACCACCGGGGAAACUGGGACCAAAAGGAUUUAUAGGAUCAGUGGGUCACAAAGGUCAGAAGGGAGAGCUGGGACUGCAAGGACAAAAGGGGUUAAAAGGAGACAUUGGACCCAUAGGUCCAAAAGGGACAAAGGGUGAAAUUGGCCAUCCUGGAAGAGUUGGUUUCCCAGGGCCAAUUGGACCGAUUGGUAAUCCAGGUCCUAAAGGUAAUACUGGAGGUAUAGGACCACAGGGUAAUCCGGGAGUUCAGGGGGAAAGAGGCUUGAAAGGAGACAGAGGAGACAAGGGGGAGGUAGGUGCCCCAGGAGUCCUGCCAAGGAGUGCUUUCAGUGUUGGCCUUACAGCCAACACCAAGUUUCCCCCUCCGAAUCGCCCGAUCAAGUUUGACAAGGUGCUCUAUAACAGUCUGAAUGACUUCAACUCGGUUACUGGCAAGUUCACCUGCAAACACUCCGGUGUUUACUAUUUCACCUACCACAUCACUGUCUACUCGAGGAACGUGCGAGUAGCUCUCGUGAAGAACGGCAUGAAGAUGCUGCACACGGUGGACAGGUACCAGAGCGGAGAGGACCAGGCCUCGGGAGCCGCCAUCCUCGAGCUGCAGGGAGGAGACGAAGUGUGGCUGCAGGCCCACCAAGGAGAGGCCUUCAAUGGGCUCUUUGCAGAUGGCGAUGACGAUACCACCUUCUCUGGGUUCCUCCUCUUCAGCACUGCUGACCCACUGCAGCCACUGCUGCUGCCCGCCCCCGUAGCUCCGCAUUAUCCCUGAAUGGCCUCCCUAAGAAAGCUGUUAUCUGCUGGGCAAUUUCUGCUGGAUUCAACAGAAGACACUUGGUUUCAGGAACAGCUUCUGCACAAGAGAGGACAAGUCUUCAGAAUCUACAGUGCUGGGCUUAACAAUGUUAGUGGUUUGGUGACUUACUGUAGGCAUUCACAGGGGUGUGUACCCCAGUUCUGAAAAACAAAUUUUAAAGCGAAGUGGGAUGAAAUAAAAGACAAAAGUUCUGGAACUAUGUUGUGUGGGAUAUCUUGUAUAAACAAGAAACAACAGUUACUUCCAAGCCAGUUUAUAUCUUCCAAUGUGGCAUGUGUAGAUGGACUUGAAACUUAGUUAGUUUCCAUCUAACCACUUUAAAAGAAUUUUUAAAUUGAAAUUAGUGUAGUUUGAUACCUCUGCAGAAGCUGCUUGCUGUGUGGUGCAAGCAAGUUUCGUUGUUUCAUUUACAGCUUUUAAAUAUGGUAUUUUCUCUCUGUGUAGUCACAGGUCUGAAAUUGAGUGAAAUAGGAGGAAGUGCCAUGUGGAUUCUCUGAUGUGGGCAAAUAUUCAAGGCCAGUGCAAAAAUACAGCAUAAAGCUGCUGUACUUCAGAAUUAGCUGGUGCAAAAUAAAUUCUCACAGAUUAAAGAUAAUAUUUAAUCAACACCGAAGCAGCCGUGCCAGAGAACUGAUCAAGAGUU